CCUUUCAGUCUUCAGCGCGCGGCACUGACUCGCACACACAUCUCGAGAGCUUCCACUAGCCUUGGAUAGGUUAUUGGCCAACGUAAGAGGGCUAAGUACAUCGUCGAGGUUGUACCGCAGCCAUGGCUCUGCGCCAAGCAUCAGUCGCAGGGAGUAGAGUCGGCAUGGCGUUGCGACGAGAAGCGACCGCCCGAAGGGGAAAGAGGAGGCCGACAGCUCUGGCGGGGCUUGGGCUGGACGGCGGUGGCAGUUGCCGGCACAUACAUCCUUCCGGUCGGAAGGAAAUGCUCCCCGUUAUCGGGGGCGCGCUCGCGGUGGCUGCCGUGGCCACCGGGCUUCGAUACCUCAUCAGAGCAGGGAAGCGGAUGAAGGAAAUGGAAGAGCAGGAGAAAAAGUCGGGCGGCGGGGGAGGAGGAGGUGGGGGCGGGGGCGGAGGUGGCGGAGGGCCUGGAGAUGGGGUGCCCUCGGACGGGCCUGCCUUUGGGCUGGACGUGGGAGUGACCAACCUUCGGCUGGCGUUCGCAACUUCGAUCAAGACGCGACCGGAGGUGGUCGAGAACCGCGAGGGAAGCCGAUGGACGCCUGCGUGCGUAGCCUUUAAGGGAGGGGGCGACCCCAUAGUCGGGAGCAUUGCCAGGGCGCAAAGAUUCGAGUCGGCGUCGACGACAAUGCUAGGGGUGCAGCCGCUGCUGGGUCUUCCAUAUCUCGGGCCGGAAUCGCAGGCGAUCGCCGCGUCUGCAUCCGCCGGGGCUCUGGGAGGAGGCGUGCUGGAAGAGGGGGAGGGGGGUAUGGCCGGGCUGAGGGUCGGGGAGGGGGGGAAAGUUUUGACGGCUCAGGAAUCGAUGAGUCUGAUGCUCGCCAACAUCAAGGCCCUGGGAGAGCAUAAGGUGCAAGCGGGAGGCGCAGCCGUGUUGUCGUGCCCGGCGUACUUCAGCGACGACCAGCGGGACGUGAUGGCCGCGGCUGGCGAGGACGCCGGCCUUGUGGUGCUCGACACGAUCGACGAGCCCGUGGCGGCCGUGAUGGCAGCAGAGGACAUGUCCCUUCUGCCCAAGGGGGACGACGCCGGAGGCCUGGUUGGUGUAUUGGACGUCGGCGGGCGAACCGCCCAGUGCAGCAUAAUCGACACGGCCGGUACAGCCGAGGGUGAUCGACCGAAGAUGGUGGGAUCUGAUUGGACUGCGGAAACAGGGGGCGACCAAUGGGAUGUCGGCAUCGUAGACCUGUUGGACGAGGAGUUCCAAAAGGCGAACGGAGGCCUGAGUCUCAAGGGCGAUGCCAUGGCUCUCACAAGGCUCUUCGAUGCCGCGACCGCCGCACGCGUGGAGCUGACUCGCGCGCAGCAGUCCCACGUGAACAUCCCGUACAUCACCGCGGACCAGACGGGGCCCAAGCACCUGGACGUGAUGCUGACGAGGGCGAGGGUGGACCGCAUCAUCGAGCCCCUCCUGAGAAAGGCGGAAGGACCGUGCGAAGGCGCCUUGAAGUUGGCUCAAGUGGACGCCUCCGCCCUCAAGGCCGUCCUGGUGAUCGGAGGCUGCUCCCGGACGCCGGCACUCCAAGACCUCGCCUCCAAGAUAUUCGGAAAGGCCGGAGGCGGGGGCGGGGCGGGGGUGAUCUCGUCUGCCGAGCAGUCGGACGAGAUGGUGGUUCUUGGGGCUGCGCUCGAAGCUCGCCAUCUCAUCUACGGGGAGUAAAUUUUAGUUGUUUUGUAGUUGAACUUGGGUGGAGAACGAAACAGAUGGGGAGAGUACAAGUAUAGUGUUUUUUGGUGGUGUACUGCUGUAGCGUGGGCGAUUUUUGAGGUGUUGGGGGGCUCGUGUCUGGUGUGGGUUUCUAUCGGAGCCGAUCGGAAUGUGGCGGUGUGGGAAUCGGGUCCUCGAGGUGGUCGCGCUAGGUGUGAGAAAGACAGGAGCGCUGAAAGGUUUAGUUUUUUCGCAAUCAUGUGCGGAGAGAUGUAUGCGAUUGAUGUUUUGGUUGAGUUCGUCAGAAUUAUUGGAGUUCAUUUUUGCCCGUCGGGGUUUUUGAUGGGACGCGUAUGUCGCCUAUCUUUUUGACAACGAAGCUUCCACCUUAGAACCGGUCGCAGACUCAGCUGCAACAGCAACAUCAUCAACAGUAGCAACAACAACAGCAACAGCGGCAACCGUGUUGAUACAACAAGCGCCCUCGGUUGUUGACAUGUACACACAAAGGGGCAUGUAGACGCGCGUGCUAAAAGCACGAGACACGACGGCCUAUUUAAUAGGUUUCAAGGCAUCUCGCCGGUUCACCGGUUCACCUCGGUCAUCCAAGAAAAGAGAGCGACCUUCCGCAACGCUAACAACGUUCGCUUUCGAACGGGUGGGUCCGCAAACUGCUCACCACCGCGAACGAAAGUCUGUGUGAGGGCUUGGGGAAACGUUAGGUCCCCGGCAUUUUAGGUGUUGUGAGCUUGGGAAGCGUUAGGUCCC